AUGGGUUUGGCAGUGCAAGCCAGGUUUCGGACAUGGAACCCAAUUCGAGUGCCACGUUGUUCCGGCAAUCGUAACGGAGGGCCAUCUCCAGCAGAGGAAUUUGCACCACUGGCCACCAAAUUUCAGAGGCGUCUUCUUGUGGGCAUAGGCUCAGCUUCACUAGUGGCUUUUGGUGCAAACUUUGGAGGCAUCACCAGUUUUCUUCUUGAUUUGUCACCACAAAGUGGUCGCAAUCUGAAGCUGGACGUGCUUUAUCCAAUUGGUGGCUACAGCCGUUGCAUUGACACAAAGGAAGGAUUUGAAUUCAUAUACCCAGCAAAUUGGGUGGGAGAUCAGACAAUUCUGUAUCGAGCUGCUAAGAAAAGAGAGAUGGAACGAUCAUUGGAUCCUCCUCCCCUGAAUGUACGGCGGCGUUCUAACAUCAAUGAACCGGUUGUUGCAUUUGGUCCCCCGGGUUCCACUGGAGAACUCAAUGUUAGUGUAAUUGUUUCACCUGUCGCACCAGAUUUCUCGAUUGAAGCAUUUGGAGGGCCCGAUGAGGUAGGUGAAGCAGUGGUUCGAAGCAUAACAGGAUCAGGGCAACACCCUGAGGUGAAAGGCACAUUGAUAAAAUCAAGUUUGAGGGAGGAUUCUGUCAGAAAUGCCAAAUACUACGAACUGGAGUUCAGAGUUGAGAGCCCCUCGUUUAGGCGACACAAUGUCUCCGUCUGCUGCGCUCGUGGUGGUAGGCUUUUUACUUUAAAUGCUCAAGCACCCGAAUCAGAUUGGCCAGGAUUGAAGUCAGAUUUCUAUAGGAUUGCUAAUUCAUUUAGCCUCACAAUUUAGUGAUUCAAAACGAAGCUUCAAUAGGAAAUAAGGGCAGAAGCCUAGACCAAAAAGCUUCCCUUAGGUCGGACCUUAUAGAUGCUUUGUUUCCAAAACCAUGUUAUUGAAUUGCAUGGCUAGAAAACCAAACAUUGUGGGGCAUCUGCUUCAGCAGAA